AUGGAAAAAGAGCCAAUUGCGGGGGCACUGUUAGCAUCAAUCCUGCUCACGUCAUUAGGGAACAAAACGGAUGAUUUCACUGACAAGGAAGAUUACAGAAGUUUUGCCAAAAACUUUCAGGAACGAGCAGAGGGUGUGCUGAAUGAAUGCUAUCGUGAAGAUGAACAUCGGACACAGCUAAUCAUUAACCACGAACUUAUGUACUACGGUAGAAGCUCUGUGAUUAAACUGGCUGCAGAAGGUCAGAGCAUUAAGUUCAUGGCACACCCAUGCUGUCAGGAUUUUCUCACCAACACCUGGAAUGGCAACCUGUCUACAAAGAACAGUGUCAUACGGUAUUUCCUUGGGAUCGUCUGUGGAAUGACAUUACCUUUUCUUAUACCCAAAAUAAUUCUAGCAAAACCUACGGGAGGGCCGACACAAGAGGAGGAGGAGAUACAUACCCCUGGUGAUACACUUGCUAUACCAAAUGGAGACGCCGUCGCAGUUAUGAUGAACGGAGGGAAAGCAGGUGUGAAAGAGAAACCUAUAACUUUCUAUGACAGGACCAUGAAGUAUUUUGGCCAAAUUCGAGAUUUUUACAUGGCCCCAGUGAUACGCUUUGUAUACAAUACAAUUUCCUACAUGACCUUCUUGGUUCUGUUCAGCUACCUAUUGUUGGUGGACUUCAAAAUUCGAAUAUCUGUGGUGGAGUACAUUGUGAUUGCUUGGGUUGUUACUUUGUUUAUUGAAGAAAUUAAACAGGAAAAUGCAGAUGAAACCCCUGAACACCAAUAA